AUGAUUGGCGUUUUGCAAUUAUUUAAUCACCUGACCUGCCUCAUCUCCUCCUUACCAUUGCUCAGACGAAGAUGGACGCCGCUUAACCAGGAAAUUAAAGAGGAGACCAUCCCAGAUUAUUAUGCGACCCGGUACUACCCUACUCAGAUAGGUGAAACCUUUAAGAACCGAUAUCAAGUCGUGCGAAAGCUAGGAUUUGGAGCUAGCUCAACUGUGUGGCUUAAACGCAUGGGAGAAGUCUCACAAAAGCAUUCAGGUCAUAAAUAUGUCAGGCCAUUGCUCGACUCAUUUGAUAUGGAUGGACCUGAAGAUAAACACCGGUGCCUCAUGUAUCCUCCGUUUUGGGAGAGUUUGUUGGCUAUUUUAUUCCGCAAUCUAAUUCUGCGACUGCAUAUACCCGUUUUCGUUGUUGUGCUUCACCGUCUAUUUUUAGUGCUUGACUAUCUACAUACAGGAUGCAAGAUUAUACAUACCAACAUUAAGACGGACAAUAUUAUGUUUGGCAUCGCUGAUGAUUCGGUUUUUAGUGAUUUUGAAGAGAAUGAACUUCAGAAUACGUGUCCUAGGAAGGAGUUAGACAGAAGGACAAUUUAUAUUUCCCGUAAACUAGGAAUGUCUAAGAAAUUGGGUGCCCCCGCCCUAUGCGACUUUGGCUCGGCCGUACUCGUUCCGUGGACAUAUAGCGUUGAUAUAUGGAAUGUGAGAUACAUGAUUUGGAACAUUUUCGAAGGGGGGUUCUUGUUCAAAGGUCAGGACCCAGAAUUUCAGACUUACUGGAGUCGAGCACGCCUCGCCGAAAUGAUACGUCUUCUCGGUCCGCAGCCGCCCGAUCUUCUUGCACGAGGGAAUCUAACCCGAAAAUUCUUUUCGGUAGAAGGUAACUUCUACGUUAGAAUUCCAGUACAAGAGUACACUCCGCUCGAAGAGAGGAGAACUACUUUUGAGGGACAAGAAACAGAACAGUUUCGCCGGCUCGAGCCUAGAGAACGAAGCUCUGCUAAGGAAUCAUAA